AUGUCUCUGUGUAAUGAGAGUAUAAUGGGCUCAACCCUGAAGCCCAACCCAGUUAUUGGAUUAAAAUCUUCAGUUUUAAACAGCACAUGUGUCCAAGUGCAAUGGAGAACAAACAAUUCAGAGAUGCAGUACCCUAAAGAACACAAACUGACAGUUUCCAGUAAAUGGGAUGGCCCUGAGGUGUAUAAGUUCAACACAACAACAGAAACCGAAAAAGAUACACAUGGUUGGACGUUGUGUAAUCUCCACCCGCAUACAGUUUACACGUUCGCUGUAAGCAUACAGCCUACUGGAGAGCAAGCAGGUUUUUACAGCGACCCUAGAGAAACUGUGGCCACUACAUACUCUGAUAUACCAAGUGCCAGUCCAGGUGUAACAGACGGGGGUUACAGCUGGACUCACAGGGACUGUGAAGGAAUAAAUGACAAAAGAAAAGUUUGUGUGUUUUGGAAGCCAAUCCGAGGGGAAGAUAAAAAUGGUCAAAUGAAAGGACUAGAUGGUGUAUUCACAGCCGUCAAUCAGACUAGGACACCAAUCGAUGUGAACUGGGCUGAAGAUUUAACAUACGGUUGUAGUUCGGGCUUGCUGUGUAAUAUAAGCUAUGUGUUCUCCAUCAAGGCCAGAAAUAGUAAUGGUACAUCAGAAGAUAACUCCACAUUGCUUAUAUCAGCCGCCACUAAAGGAAUAGUCCAGCCACAGCUUAUAGUUGAGGCUUCCAACAUCUCAAAUGUUUCUGUGAGUUGGACAGAAGCAGAAAAGGCCACCAGUUAUAUGGUAGCCUGGUGUAGAAACAGAAAUGGAGAAUGUGAGAAUAGAAACAUUGUUAAUUGGCAAAGAUUCUCUUCGGCUACGAGAAAAGCUGUUCUACAAAUUAAUCCAGAAAACUCACCACAAGACUUUCUGUAUGGUGUAAGUGUGUUGACAGAGCAAGGCAGCAGUGGUGUAGAAUGGCAAGAUUGUGUCUACCUUAAAAAUGCUUACCCAAAGAGGGAGCCUCAGAAUGUGGUUGUGUCAACAGGACCUGAUGAUAACACACUAGUUGUCACGUGGGAUAAACUGACAUGUAAAUCAGAUGAGCCAUAUAUAGCCAUGUACAAUGUGCAAUUUAACAAACUGCAUGAAGGAAACCAGCAAUCCCUAAAUGUAGCAGCAUCAGGUGAAGCAAGGGUUGUGUUGAAUAACUUGGAGGAGGAACAAACUUACAUUGUAACAGUGAGAGGCAUUACAAAAGACGGACAUUAUGGACCAAAGAGUCAACCGCAGAAAGGGGUGCCAGAAGAUAACAGAUUAAAGCCAGGCGCAAUUGUGGGAAUUGCCAUCAGUGUGCUUUUAGCUGUUUUACUGGCCGGAGUUGGAUGUUUCUGUUUGUUAAGGAAGUGUAAAAAGAGGGCAGAGAAGACUGUAAAAGGUUUAGCAGAUAUUACUGUCCCGGAAGACCUAACCCUUGGAUUUGAUGAUGCAGCGGAAGAGGGAGAAAUUGACAGACCAUCAACUCGACCUGUAAGUAGUAUAAGUAAUGAGUUAAACAUGCAUGCCCUACUUGUUUUUAUCUGA